AUGGCUGAAAAAGUACAGGUGGUGUCACGCCUGCGUCCACCCUUACGCCCCAACAGUCCUCUUUCUGUGGUGCCAGUGGACGAGCAACGCUUGUGCGUGGCUAAUCGUAGGGUGUACGACGUGGAUCGUGUGUAUGGUACCAAUGAUUCUACGGAGUAUAUCUUUUAUGAUCGUGUGGCUGCCCUUGUAGACCGCUUCCUCACUGGUUAUAACGCCACGGUGCUCGCCUACGGGCAAACCGGAAGCGGCAAAACUUUCACAAUGAGUGGCCUCAUGCCGUUGAUCUUACGGUACACUGUGGAGCGUAUGGGCGGUCACACAAAGAAUUUGAGUUUUCAGUGUGUGGAGGUAUACGGUGAGGUAUUGAGAGAUUUACUUACGAGCGAUCCAGCUGGAUCGGCAAAACACCUCCAUAUACAUGAAGUGGACAGCAGUGCUAACAAUAGAAAUGGCACGGCAAACAAUCUCAAUGCUAACAACUGCGGUGCAUCCGUGGUUGUUGUCGGUGCUGCGCGCGUAAAGGCGCGAAACUUUGAGGAAAUACAAGAAAUUAUAGACUACAGCAGCAAAAUGCGCGCGACAGGGGCAACACAGAUGAACGAGCACUCAUCCCGAAGUCAUAGCAUCUUCACAAUAUUUAACCAUGAACAACAGUCCAAACUCAACCUUGUUGAUCUUGCGGGUUCGGAGCGUAACAAAAAAACACACAAUGUGGGUCAGAGGUUUAGGGAGAGCUGUGCUAUCAAUGGGGGAUUGCUAGCCCUCGGCAAUGUUAUUCGUGCCCUUAGUCGAAAUAGCUUUAGCCAUCCUGAGGCUCCUCAGCAUGUUCCGUAUCGCAGCAGCAAGCUGACGCGGCUGCUACAGGACUCACUUGGAGGUAAUAGCACAACGCUUCUCAUUGCAUGUGUGUCCGCAGAUGCCGACAACACGGGUGAGACGGUACGCACAAUGCAGUACAGUGCUCUUGCCGCAAGGAUUUUGAACGAACCGUUUUUACGUUUUGAAGGUCCCGCAGCAGCGUCUUUGGUGGAAGUGGAGGACGACGAAAAACGGCAGGAUGAGCACGAGUGUCAACGGAAUGAUAAUAGUGCUGCCGCCGGUGGAUCCACGGAGGUAAUACGACUAAGGAAGCGUGUGGCCGGUUUAGAGGAGCACCUGCAGCGCUGUCGUGAGGAGCUCAAAAAUGACGAGGUGGCCUUCGCCCAACAGAUCAAAUACACCAAAAUGCUGCUUCAGGAGAAUGAGCAACUGAAGCAACGCAUAUCGUCCCUUGAGGGGUUCGUACCCUCCCCUUCUAUGACACCACCGGCGACCGCAGCGGCGGCAGCAGCAGCUAGAGAGAUGGAGAUAAAUAGUGCCCGGCUUCGAGAGAGAACGGCACUGUGGCAACAACUACAUAAACACCGGCGGGGGAGUCCAGAGGCUGUUCAGCAGAAAUUGUCCGGGCAGGAGCCAUUGGCCUCCCAUCGCCUGCGAUCCCCGCUAAUGGACGCGUGUGGGUUUGCUCCAAUUAAUGAAUACAGUGGUCAGGAGUAUUCAUGGGAAGGAGAAAAGACGGUUAUAAGUACACAAUCUCAGCAACAGCAGCACUUGUUCGGCACAAACCCAGCUUUGCACAGCACAGCAUGGAAUGAGCCAGCCAAAGUUGUAGAAUUACCCGAGAACAUCAGUAAUAUCAAUCAUAUAAAUGAUAGCGGAUCCUUGUACUACGAGUCUGAAAAGCAUGUAACCGGAAGGGAAGAACAGCUCAACUUGCUGGCAAAGGAGGCGUUAUAUUACCAAAACAGUAACAGUGAGUUGCGGCGGCGUCUUCGCGCAGUGAUGGCUUUAUAUGAAGCACAGCAACAAGAGGCCGCAAUGCUGCGGCACGAAGUGGAGCAGAUUCGUGAACUCAUCGACGGGAGGUGUCAAGUAUAA